GGAUCCAAGGUCCAUGAACGACGGGCAACACCUUCAUUGAUUCAAUCCGGUAUCUGCCCUGUUUUACAAGGCACUUGAGUCCAUUCAAUAGCAGCAGCCACCAGCUACAGUGGUCUUUCUAACAUCAACUAGUAUGUGCCUAAGUGAACCAAUGAAGUCCAGUCUGGAGAGCAGAGAAGACGAUGAUAAAUAUUACGAGAUUAAAGAUAUUUUGGAAGAAAUGCAGAGGAGUCUCAAUUUUGAAGAAAUGGAAGACUGGGCAUCAAAAAAUACCAUGAACCCUUUUACUCUAAACAAGAUGCCAAAUUCAGUUGCUAAUUUACCUCUUAGAUUUGGAAGGAAUUAUCCAGAAGAAAGAAGCAUUAAACCAUUUGCUAAUUUGCCCCUGAGAUUUGGAAGAGCUUUUGGAGACAACAUACCUAAUCAUGCUCCAAAGGUAUCACACAGGCUUGGGAGAUCUCCACUUGUUAGAAGUUCCAGUCAAUCACUUCUAAAUUUGCCACAGAGAUUUGGGAAGUCACUGACUGUCAAUCAGGAAUCUGAACCAGGGAUAUGAAUUCUAAGAGUCACAAUAAUACUGGGAUGAAAUUAUGAAGAUGAAAUCUGAAAGACUUGGAAAAGCUGCAAUGUGUGUUCAAAACCAGAAGUCAUGAAAAGGAAACGUGAACCUAAAUGUAAACCUGUCUUCAUGUUAUGAAUAAUAUAUUAAUUAUGUACAAACUUUUGACAUAUAAGGCAAUGAUAAUUGUAGUGAUUAUUGUAGUACUUUACUUCA